GUACCUAAACCUGCUAUCUCAACCCACCCGAUCGAAGCCAUCGGCAACUCACCGGCCACUGAUUCAGCCGCUCGUCUUGUAUUUGCUUACCCGCCCGUUCUCGCCCUCACCCUCACCCUCGGCCAGCGGCUCUACCUUUGAUUAGGAGAUCGCGACGCUGCGCUGGUUGACCUCUUCCUGGGCCCUCGCCGCUGUAAAUGAGAGCCAGCGUCCCCUCCCGCUCCAGCCUCAGAUCCCUAACUACCAGCCUUCAACGCUCUGCGUCACCCAGAUCCGCCUCCUCCUUCGCCCGCCGGUUCGCUUCCUCGCCUCGUAGAAUGUCUCCUCCCAAGUCCGCCCUAGAUUUUCUAGACUUUGUCAAUGCCUCACCUACUCCGUACCAUGCGGUUCAGUCCUCCAUAGAGCUGCUCGAGAGAGCCGGCUUCUCGGCCAUCCGGGAGCGGGACAACUGGUCUUCGACUCUCCGCCCGGGGGGUAAGUACUACAUGACCCGGAAUGGCUCUACCAUCGUAGCAUUCGCCAUAGGCGCCAAGUGGAAGCCUGGGAACCCCAUCGCUAUGCUGGGAGCCCACACGGACUCGCCCUGCCUCCGCGUGAAGCCUGUCAGCAAGAAGAGCAGCGUCGGCUUCCUGCAGGUUGGCGUCGAGACCUAUGGAGGAGGCAUCUGGCAUAGCUGGUUCGACAGGGACCUGUCCGUGGCGGGCCGCGUCAUGGUGAGGGAUGGGGAGGGCAACUUCGUCCAGAAGCUUGUCAAGGUCGACCGCCCCAUCAUCCGCAUCCCGACCCUGGCCAUCCACCUCGACCGGUCUUCCGAGUUCAAUCCCAACAAAGAGACCGAGCUGUUCCCCAUCGUCGGUAUGGUGGCUGCCGAGCUGAACCGGACCGGCAAAGACGACGCAACCAAGGAGACCGACGCCGAAACGAGCACCGACGGGACCUUCCAGCCGCUCAAGGCCAUCACCCAGCGCCAUCACCCGUACAUCGUAGAGCUGAUCGCGGCGCAGGCCGGCGUGCAAGUUGCUGACAUAGUCGACUUCGAGCUGGUCCUCUACGAUGUUCAGAAGUCCUGCCUCGGUGGGCUGAACGAAGAGUUCAUCUACUCGGCCAGGCUCGAUAACUUGAACAUGACCUACUGCAGCGUCGUGGGACUCAUCGAAUCCGUCUCAUCGGCCAGCCUCGACGACGAGACCAGCAUCCGCCUGAUCACAUGUUUCGAUCACGAAGAAAUCGGGUCGACGUCAGCCCAGGGCGCCAACUCGGACCUCCUACCCGCCGUGGUUCGCCGACUGUCUAUUCUUGCCGGCGGCCGCCACGGGGACUCGGGGUCGGACAAGUCCUGGGAGCACAUCAGCUCGGACCCCGAGAUCGACCUUACCACCGCCUUCGAGCAGACCACGGCCACCUCGUUUCUGGUCUCCGCCGACAUGGCCCACUCCGUGCACCCGAAUUAUGUGGCCAAAUACGAGUCCAACCACCAACCCGAGAUUAACAAAGGUGUCGUCAUCAAAAUAAACGCCAACCAGAGAUACGCCACCAACUCGCCCGGCAUCGUCCUGCUGCAGGAGGCGGCCAAGAGGGCCGGCGUGCCCCUGCAGCUGUUCGUGGUCAGGAACGACUCGUCGUGCGGGAGCACCAUCGGCCCCAUGCUCUCCGCGAAGCUGGGGGUGCGCACCUUGGAUCUGGGGAACCCCCAGCUGAGCAUGCACAGCAUCCGCGAGACGGGCGGGACCUACGACGUCGAGCACGCGAUCAAGCUGUUCCAGGCCUACCUGUCCCACUACUCGGACCUCGAGGCCAAGAUCUUUGUCGACUGAGAGGCGCGGACCGGCCGCCGGGAAUCCGGGGAGUUGGGGGUGGGGGGCGGGGAGUUGCGUCGCUAGUCGUCGGCGUGUCGUCGUGGUCUGGGUACGGGGGUAUAUAGCCGGCUGGGCCCUAUAGGUAUAUAGGAAGACAUGGACAAAUAAAGUACCGCCGCCCCGGAACGACGGGGUAGGGGGCCAACAGCAUCAGUAGCCAACUCAUCCCGCCGCUACCGGACAGAACAGAUCGGAGAGCCCGAUCGGACCGCAACGUGUAGAGAGGUAGUAGAAUCCACGCGAUUGCCCUAGGCAUCACCAUGUGUUAUAUACAAGACGAAGACCGACUUCAAGCUCCGGGCGCAGGGCCAACCGUUAAGACCUCGGCGCUGACAUUCCCAUCCCGCUGCAACCUGCUUCCCCCGCCGUCCCGCGUCCCCUGGCCGGCCAGCCGGUUUUCCACCGCAG